AUGUGUGGAAUCUUCUGUGUGCUGAGUCGGUCGCCCGCUCACUUGGAGCGGGACAGAGCCGUGGAUGAACACUUGAGAAGGCGAGGGCCCGACUGGAGCCGGGACCUCACCGUCACGGGCAGGGACCCUCACUACCAGUGUUUGUUCUCCGCCCACGUCCUCCACAUGAGGGGGCUCCUCACCCCUCAGCCGCUUCAAGACAACGCGGGGAACGUGCUGCUGUGGAACGGGGAGGUGUUCGAGGGGCUGCCGGUGACGCCGGAGGAGAACGACACUGCUGUUGUGUCACAGGCGCUGCUGUCCUGCAGCGGCCCCUCGGACGUCCUGUCGGUUCUGUCCCGUGUGAGGGGGCCGUGGGGGUUUGUUUACUACCAAAAGGCUGGAGACUACCUCUGGUUUGGCAGAGACUUCUUUGGCAGGCGGAGUUUGCUGUGGAAAUUCGAUGGGGGGGUGUUGACCCUGACCUCUGUGGCCGCUCAUGAUUCUGGGUGGCGAGAAGUUCCAGCUGUCGGCGUGUACAGAGUGGACCUGAAGGCACCGGCAGAGGGUGGCGCUGUGACGUUUGAGGUCUAUCCAUGGGCCUACGCAGGGAAGAAGGUGGUCUCCCCUCGCUCUGAAACUGUAUUGGAGUGUGUCCCCGGCGGCUGCACUGCUGUGAUGAACCCAUCGGGUCUGGUACUCACAUCCCCCGUGUGCCCUCUGAACAUGUCCGUCCCAAAGUCAUUACAUGACACAGAACCUCAGCCUGACACACAUUCAUCCGUCAAAGAUCUGGAGCUGCUGCUCGCAAGCAAAGAGGAGAGCGAUGAGGUGAGUGGCCUCAUCGAGGUUCUGAGUGAGGCGGUGAGGCGACGGGUCCAGACUCUGGACUCACCAAGUAAUGACCACGCCAGUGUCGCGGUACUUUUCUCUGGAGGACUCGAUUCCAUGAUCCUGGCGGCUCUGGCUGACCGUCACAUUCCCGCCCAUCAACCAAUAGACCUUCUCAAUGUAGCGUUCAAACUUCAGGAGCCGAAAAAGCAGAAAGAUUCUGCCAAAAAUCCCCAGAAGCAAAAAAAUAAGCCCACGGAUUCUAACGCCCCGAUAUUCAGCCCUUUUGACGUUCCAGACCGACUCACCGGGAGAGCAGGGGUCAAAGAACUACAGGACCUGAAUCCUGAGAGAAGAUGGAACUUUGUUGAAAUCAACGUCACGCAGGAGGAGCUGAGGGAAAUGCGCCAGCGGCGCAUCGGCCAUUUGGUGCAUCCACUGGAGACGGUGCUGGACGACAGCAUUGGGUGUGCGGUGUGGUUCGCAGCCAGAGGGACGGGCUUCAUCACGGAGGACGAGGGCCACAGACCAUUCUCCUCCUCGGCCAAGGUCGUCCUGACAGGGAUCGGAGCAGACGAGCAGCUGGCAGGUUAUUCCAGACACCGGGUUCGGUUCCAGACGUCUGGCUACGAGGGGCUAAUUCAGGAGCUCGCCAUGGAGCUGGGCAGGAUCUCCACCAGGAACCUGGGCAGAGAUGACCGAGUGAUAGGGGACCAUGGGAAGGAGGCCAGAUUCCCGUACUUGGACGAGUCAGUGGUCAGCCACCUGAGUUCUCUGGCCGUGUGGGACAAGGCAGAUCUGUCCCUCCCCAGGGGGGUCGGAGAGAAGCUCCUGCUGAGACUGACGGCGAGGCAGCUGGGCCUCCGUCAGUCCGCGGUCCUGCCCAAGAGAGCCAUGCAGUUCGGCUCGCGCAUCGCCAAGAUGGAGGACACGCGUGAAAAGGCCUCUGACAAAUGCUCAAGACUCCUGACUGCUUAGAGGAAUCAUUUACUGUAGAAAAUACACAAUUCUUGUUUCAGCGUUACACUUCCUGGAAAUGAUUUCACAUUUCAGGUGACAUCCUUCCAUAAUGUGUUUUAGACAUGGCACAAUAAAUAUGGUGUUUUUAAAAAUCCA